AUGACGUGCCCUUUCCCGAUAUUGUAUUUUUCUUCCCGUCGCUGGCUCUAUCUUUCGUUGGGCCGCAUUGUGUUGAGUUAUUUCUUCCCUGUCGAAUUUCGUGAUUUCUUUAUUGCGGAUGAACUGAACAGUCUAUCGUACUCGUUUUGGACGUUUUCUUACUUUGUUUGCGCCUACAACUUUCAUUGGAAUGAUCUUCAAAGCAAUUGCCCUGUCAAGAUCUUUUGGUAUACGCCCUUCCUGGCCAGUCUUCCGCCCUGGUGGCGUUUGUUGCAAUGUAUCCGUCGUUAUAACGACUCGAAAGAGAAGGUGCAUCUCAGCAACGGAUUAAAGUAUUGUACAAGCAUUGCAGCGACGCUCGCUACAGGCUAUCGAAGAAUGCACCCUCAUUCCAUCGCCAUGGAGAUGACGUGGGUCUUGUGCUCCCUUGUCAACUCCACGUAUACUUCUUUUUGGGAUGUCAAAAUGGAUUGGGGUCUCCUUCAGCCCCACAGCUCUCAUUUCUUACUGCGGGAUGAACUGGUUUUUUACAGAUGGGCCUAUUAUGUUGCUGCGCCUAUCAAUGUCCUCUUGCGUUUUGCAUGGUCACUCAAUUCCGCUGGCUUUGGCUUCAAGGGUGAACGGAUUGGCUUUCUUACGGCUUUAUUAGAAGCCUAUCGUCGUAUUCAAUGGAACUUUUUCCGUUUGGAAAAUGAACAUCUCAAUAAUGUGGGUAAUUACCGUGCUAUCAAGGAAAUUCCUUUACCGUUUGCACUUCAAGACACUUCCAAACAAUUACAGCAGCAGCAGCAGCAGCAGCAGCAAGAAGUCGAUUUGGAAGAGGGACGCAUCCAACUUCCUGUUGAAGUAAGUCCUGCUGCCACGUUGACUCCCGGUCAACCUCAUCCUUUGAGUGAAUCAACGCCUGUGGGUUCCUUCUAUGGUUGCCGUGAUUAUGAAAAUAGACACGACUUUGAUGAUGCCCCAUCUGCUGCUGAACACGUAUCUGGCCUAGGGCGUCAACCUUCCAUGAUGGAUAUCGUCUUGGAUCGUAUGAAAACUAAAACCACGGAUUCUUCAGAUAGCGAGGACGACGACGACGACGAGAACGAAAAUGAAACUGUACAUGAAUAG